AUGCCCCCUGUUAAGCAUUUUUCAUCUAGUGAAGUGAAUCAGUAUGAAUUAUCGUCUAGAUUAUUAACUUUAACCGAAAAUACUUCAUAUACACUAACACAAAUAAAUGGACAGAGAAUCUAUAGAAAAGCUCCACAUGCAUGGAGUGGGCCGGAGCCUUCGAGAAAUUGUGAGGUAUUCAUCGGGCGGAUUCCUCACGACUGCUUUGAAGACACCCUCGUGCCGCUGUUCCGCCAGGCUGGGGAGCUGUUCGAGUUUCGGCUCAUGAUCAACUUCUCUGGGUGGAAUAGAGGAUACGCAUUCGCGAUGUACACUACCGAUACCGAAGCGAGCAACGCCAUCAGGAUGUUUAACAACUACAUGAUCCGGCCUUCUUGGCAGCUGGGCGUUUGCCCUUCGAUCAACAACUGCCGCAUCUUCAUAUCCCGCAUCCCCCCUACAACGCCUUCAGCGGAGAUCGUUCGUUUGUUGUACGCGCUCACCGAUGAAGUGCAGGAGGUCCGCAUCAGGCGGUCCAUUGCUUCAUGUGCUGCUAUCGUGGAGUACAAGUCUCAUCGCGGCGCGGCAAUGGCAAGGAAAGCGCUGGUGGCUGCCGCGGCCGCAGCGUGGGGAUGUGGUGCGCGGCCGGCGGUCGACUGGUCGCUGCCGCAGUCGCCUCAACUCUUGAAGCAAUAUCGCGAGAUCGGCCGCUGGUCCCCGGAGCGCGGCGUGGAGCUGACCCGAGCCCCGGAGGAGGGCUGCGCGAGCUCCCCGCCCGUGCCCGCGGCCGCGCCCACCUACACGCUGGAGCCGUGGUCGCAGGCCCGCCGCCUGCGCAUGAUACAUGAGGCGCAGCGCAACGCCGCCGCCGCUGCAGAGUGGUCCAACCGCAUCCCGAGCGCGGAGUCUCUGGUAUCGUCCAUGGCGUCCUUAGGGCUCGGCAUGGGCCUGGGGCUCGAGUCCGGCGAGCGCGCGGUGUGGGCCCCGCCGAGCCCUGGGUCCCCGCGCGCGGCGCCGCCCGACUUCAACCCGUGGACGGCUCGCCACCCGCUGCAGGGCUUCAUCAACAAGAAUGACGAGUGA